AUGGAAGGAGGUGUACCAGAAGCAGAUAUGUCUGCUUUCAGAGAAUGUUUGUCUCUUUCAUGGAAAAAUCCUUAUGUUCUUCGUCUUGCUUUCUCUGCUGGAAUUGGUGGCCUCCUUUUUGGCUAUGACACUGGAGUUAUAUCUGGAGCUCUUUUGUAUAUAAGAGAUGACUUCAAAACAGUAGAUAGAAAGACAUGGCUUCAGGAAGCAAUAGUGAGUACCGCCAUAGCUGGAGCAAUCAUAGGAGCUGCAGUUGGUGGUUGGAUCAAUGAUAGAUUUGGAAGGAAAAUAUCAAUACUUAUUGCAGAUACCCUCUUUUUAUUAGGGUCAAUUAUAAUGGCUGCUGCUCCAACUCCAGUUAUUCUCCUUGUUGGUAGAGUCAUUGUUGGAGUUGGUGUUGGAAUGGCCUCUAUGGCUUCUCCUUUGUACAUCUCUGAAACUUCACCAACUAGAGUUAGAGGUGCUCUGGUUAGUCUCAAUAGUUUUCUCAUUACUGGUGGACAGUUCCUUUCUUAUCUCAUCAACUUGGCCUUUACUAAGGCACCACACCCAUGGAGGUGGAUGUUAGGAGUAGCAGCAGCACCUGCUGUCAUACAAAUUGGACUCAUGUUGACCCUCCCCGAAUCGCCUCGUUGGUUGUACCGCAAGGGCAAAGAGGAAGAAGCAAAACUAAUUUUGAAAAAGAUAUACGAGGUGGAGGACUACGACGAUGAAAUUCAAGCAUUAAAAGAAUCAGUUGAUAUGGAACUGAAGAAUACAGAGAAAGUAAGCAUGAUGCAGCUUCUAAAAACAACAUCAGUAAGAAGAGGUUUAUAUGCAGGUGUAGGACUCGCAUUUUUUCAACAAUUUAUCGGUAUCAACACAGUCAUGUACUAUAGUCCCUCCAUUGUUCAAUUGGCUGGUUUUGCAUCCAACAGAACCGCACUUCUUCUGUCAUUAAUCACUUCUGGCCUCAACGCAUUUGGUUCGAUUCUGAGCAUAUAUUUCAUUGAUAAAACCGGAAGGAAGAAACUCGCAUUGAUUAGUUUGAUUGGUGUCGUGUUCUCUUUGACACUUUUAACCGUUACUUUUCGUGAGGCUGAGAUUCAUUCACCCAUGGUCAGUGUCAUUGAAAGCUCUAGUUUUAAUAGCACAUGCCCUGAUUUCAAAACAGCGACUAUGAAUAAUGAGAAAUGGAAUUGUAUGAGGUGUUUAAAGGCUACUUCAACUUCUUGUGGAUUUUGUGCUGCUCAUGACAAGCUCUCACCAGGGGCAUGUGUAAUCUCAAAUGGCUCUAUAAACGGCAUGUGUGCGAAUGAUCACAGAGCAUGGUACACGAGAGGAUGUCCAAGCAAUUUUGGUUGGAUUGCGCUAAUAGGCCUUGCACUCUACAUCAUAUUCUUCUCGCCUGGAAUGGGAACAGUUCCGUGGGUUGUUAACUCAGAAAUCUAUCCAUUAAGAUACAGAGGAAUCUGCGGAGGAAUAGCUUCUACAACUAUUUGGGUUUCCAACCUUGUUGUUUCGCAAUCGUUUUUGUCUCUGACAGAAGCAAUUGGAGCAGCUUGGACUUUCAUGCUCUUUGGAAUUAUUGCAUUUAUAGGCAUUUUCUUUGUUAUUGUAUUUGUGCCAGAGACUAAAGGAGUUCCAAUAGAAGAAGUGGAGGACAUGCUUGAUAAAAGGUCUGUGCAGAUUAUGUUUUGGCGGAAGAGAGAUUCUGAAGAAAAUGAUAAUAAAGGCUAG